CGUUAACUUCCUCACUUGCCUGCUUUGUGCACUUUGUGCAGGCGGCUGCUGUGGAAGACAAUGGCAGAAUAUGGGUUCUUUGCCAGCAUCUUAGACAAUAUCCUAUUUGAUGGCAGAGCUCGAUCCCCCAUACGUCUUUGGUAUAUACCCACCUCUGCCGCCGUUGCCAACGCCGCCACAGCGACGCGAUAGAUCAAUACUCCAGCAGCCGUUAUUGCCUCGAGCUCCGCACCUUUCUCGGCCUCCGCAGCGCUUGCCUCUCAACUCGCCGCCACUUUCCUCGUUACACACUCGCCCCGGCGUCCCGUCUACCGGAAGAGGCCAAUAUCCGCUUCCGGAUCCGUCGAGUCGCCUCCACUACGACCCACCAAGUGCGACUCCACUGUCCUCCCGUCCAUCUCCAAGCCUAGACACCCGGAGAGACAACAGUCGACCUUCAACUUUUCAGACCCUACCUACCCUGCCAACCACACCAAACGGGCCUCGCUCAAGCCAAGGUGACAAUUUACUCAACCGGCCCACUUGGGACUUUAUCUUCCUAACAGAGGCUGGCAUCGCGCCACCGAGAGAUCCAGAGAGCGACUACUUUCAAGCCCUUGUGGACGGCACUUUCUCCUCACCUUCAAUCCCGCCGCAGAGCCCCCACUCGGAGCAAUAUUUUUCCACGUCGGCUGAGUCUUCGCCUGGGCCAUCUGGAAGCUCGAUAAUCCCCGAUAUCUCUCGUCACCGGGAACCAACCACUAUGCCGACCACACGAGAGCGCAAGAGGCGCUCCUCUGAUGUGAUCGAAGUCGCGAGCCCCUCCACAAGUGAUCCAGCCCCAAAGAGAAGGCGCUCCCCCGGGGGGACUGCUCGAGCGCCCGAAGAAGGCGGGCAGCGGCAGGCCAAGCGACCUCGAGCCAGCGCCGCCAAGCUCGAGAGCGAAUUUGACGACGACUUGUUCUUCGACCGGGAUGAGGAGGACAUUAUCAACUUGGAGGACGCAGACGAACGCCCCAGGGAAAAGAGCGAACCCGAGGUGGACCGUCAUAGCAUUAAACUCGGCACUUUCCAGUGUGUGAUUUGCAUGGACGAUGCCACGGGCUUGACGGUCACUCAUUGUGGGCACCUCUUCUGCUCCGAAUGCCUGCAUUCUUCGCUCCACAUCGAUUUGACGAAGAAGAUAUGCCCCAUAUGUCGGCAAAAGCUCGACGCACGGCCUGUAUCUGGGAAGUUCUCGACUAGGGCAAAGGGAUUCUGGCCACUCGAGCUGAAGCUGAUGACGGCAAAGAGGAGCGGCAAGCGCCCUGCUGCUCGCUGACACCCCCGUCUUCAAACCUAGAGCCCUCCCGGGCUUUAGCUUCCCUUUGGACCCGGCCAUAUCUGUUGGCCGAUGAGAUUCCAUUUCCAACUCUCCAACAAUAUUCAGGGAGAAACGUUGUCGCCUACGGAUCCGGACAGCUGGGUCUGGGUGGGGGGGACGCUGACGGAAAGGGAGGAGGAGUGAGAGAAACAUUGCCCAUAGCGCGGGGCUUUAUUUCAAAACAUGGUCUCGAGCUAAUUUCGUUUUUGGGGGAUUUCCCCCCUCUGGGUAUUGGAUGGGACGGCAGGCUUUUGGGAUGGCCCCAUAAGAGGUUUCCCUUCAAGUUAGAUACCCCCAUUGCAUGCAUGCGUAACGAGGUGGACUUUGGCAUUUGACUGGCGUUUGCAUUGUGUCGUCCCUGGUGGGAAAAGGGGCAUAGCAUAGAUUUGGCAGUUAGGCGAAUGGUUCCCCUUUCUGGGUCUGGACCAACCCAAUUAGAAAUCUGAAGAACAUGG